GCGAGAAGUUGACUAAGUCAUAGGUCAUAGGAACGAGUUAGUUCAAGAAGGAAGAGGAUGGAAGACCAGCCAACAGGAGUGGAACAGGCAAAUGGGAGAACGACAGUUCCCGCGGCAAGAGUUGAUAUUCCGAUGUCGGACGAAGAUAGAAUGAAGUCCUUAAUCGCGAAGUGUUACGAAGACGGCAUCAUACCGGAGAAGUUUUGUCAUGGUGAAUGGGUGGUCGAAGCAGGAGUUCGUUUAUUCAGAGUAAACCAGGGGCUCGACACUCUGGUCACCUCGUGGCUGAAAGAAAGGACGGUUACCGUGAUAUUUCAGGGAGAGGCAAGGGACUUACCCCUUCGAAUUAGGGAGGAUUUGGUGAGAGCAUAUGAAAACGGAUGGUAUAGGGAGAGGAUAUGUGACAGGUCAAUAAAAAGGGGAAGGAUUCAUGGAGAAGGGCCAAACGUUCUCUCGUAUGUAGCCAAGUCAGGGGAAGUGGCCAGGUGGAUGAUAGCGAAAGGGGAAGAUAAAGUAGUCAUUCGUGGAAUUGAGUACGGCAUGGUGUUUAAACCAUGGAUGACUAAAGCGGAGUUGGAGGAAAGACGCAGAGCAGAUGACGCAACCAAAUUAUGGGUAGUGGCGUUGAGAGUCCCCUUACGAAUGAUGUUCCAUGUCGAGAGCAUGGUUGAAUCGGCGAUGGGAAGAAUUAUGAAGUCGCUUCCCCCGGAGCCAGAUAAGUCAAGGCCAAAGCUCAUGAAUCUGAAAUUCGAGCUCGCAAGAGAAGCAGAAGACCUUUUGAAGAGGAACUCCCCAUCAAGCUUGACGAUGGAGAAGUAUACCACAUCAAGUUCGCUUGCAAAAACACUCCAUGGUGUGCCACGUGCCGCUGGUAUUUCCACAAAGCAACAAAAGGUUGUCCGAGGAUGGGAGAACUGCCACAGGAACAGGGAGGAGAGUCGGAUUUUGAGAGAAACAACGAAAGAGGAAGACGCGGCGGGGAGGCAAACGGAGGUCAAAACAGCAAUAUCAGAGAGGCUGCAAGAAACGUUCAGGUGGGGAGGGGUACCACAUCAGAAGCGGGAUCCUCGUCACAUGGGAAUCAUCAGCCUGGAGAUGAGCCCACAGCUAUUCGGCAACAACCAGUACAUGAAUGAGGCUAGGGGGUAUCAAGGCCACAUCUCGACAGGGGGCCAUCAGCGUUCCUUUGUCCCAUACCAAAGUCAGUAUACUGAACAGAGUGGUCAGGGGGGGUAUCAGGGAGCCGGCAUAGGAGCAGGGACAGACGGAGUCAAGGAAAUUCAUCAAGUACAAGCGGGCGCUCUGCACGGUAAUCCAAGCAGCUCUCGAGACCAGAGCGGCAGCGCGACGCACAUGUCCUCGCCGACUCAAGUCCCAGGGGGACUUGAAGAGCACCAAGGUGGAGUAGGGGGAUAUGAGGAACGUUGGUUAAUGCCUCUAGUUUGCAUGAUGCAAGCACAAGAGGUCCACGUAGUGGGGCUGGUUAAUAAGGAUGGAAAAAUGGUGAUACCAGCUCAGCAAAUCGAUGGUCUGGCAACGGUGGAGGUCAUCCUACGCAAGGUCAGGGAGAUGUUUGUUGACCGCUUCAGAUUCAAGAUUUGUCCGGACGGACUAAUGCCAAAGAUGGACGUAGAUCUUCCAGGAGGGAAGAGAGUUCGUUACUCUAUCCCGCUUAUCGAUGCCAGAUUCGAAGAAGAACAGUGGGCGAACAUCAGCAGAGUCGGUUUAACAAGCGUGCCAAUUAAUGCCUUUUCUGAUCCUUCGCUAACGAUGCUAUCACAAAUUGUGGUAGAUCCUGGAGUUCCGGCCACGGCCUUUGAUGAACUGAAAAACAAAAUGCCAUCUUGGCAGAAUUUUGCUUCAGAACUGUUCGCUAGGAACUUGAGCAACCCUUGGACAGAACCUUCGAUCGGGGCAAACCAGAGAGAGGGUACUUUUAACCGCAUCCACUUGCCAGGCGGUCCAUCAAGGAUUAAUGAAUAAAUUAAGGAUUGGAACAUGGAACGUUAGAGGGCUAGGAGAUUCGGGAGGAAGGGAAAAAGGCAAGAGGGUGAAAUUUUGGAUCCACGAAAGAAAUAUUGAUGUGGCCUUGAUCCAAGAGACAAAGUUGUCGGAACUGAGACUAAAUGAUUUAAAAGAAUGGUGGGACGACCCACAACUUUGGUCCCCCGCUAGAGGAACCAGGGGGAGAGUGACUAUCCUGCUCCAUAAAAGGAUUGAGGCUAGUUUAGUAGACAGCAACUCGGACUUAUGGGGACGAUGGUGUUGGGUCAAGGUUCAGAUAGAAGGGCAGGACUGGACGUUUGUAACAGUUUACGCUCCCAAAUGAACAGAGGGAUCAUCG